CCUCGGAUCCUCCAAUCGUCACCCAUAUUUCCUCGGGCAGGUUUGUCGCUCCCUUGCCCUACUGCCCGGACACUCGCCACAGCCACCCUCCCCUCACCAUCGGAUGAACAAACUCAAGCCAUCAAGAUUCUACACAUGAGCCGGGCCAAUAUCCUUUUCAACGCGUGUGCGGGCUCCGGAAAAACCACUACGAUUCUUCAUCUAGCUGCCGCAUUGCCGGACAAGAAUUUCCUGGUUAUGGUUUACAACAAUCGUUUGAUGAUAGAAACCAAUGGGCGCAUUGCAGCCCUGGGACUGGAAAAUGCCGUUGUCUAUAACUACCACACACUCGGCCAUAGGUUUUAUUCCCCUGAAUGCGAUACCGAUCAGGGUCUGAAGCGGAUUAUCCGGGACAAACUUCCGGUUAUGCGUGGAAAGGAGCUUCCGCUUUGCGACGUUCUUGUGCUUGAUGAGCAGCAGGACAUGACGCCCAUCUUGAAGAUGUUCAUUGAUAGGGUGGUACGAGACAUUGAGGAUACAAAAAAUGGCAAAAGUGCUAUGACCAGCAUGAAAGGGGCAAGGGGGCAGGAAGGGGGGACUGAAGCGAUUGAUCCAUUGUGCAGCUCGACCGGCACAGGAAAACGGCCUGGUCCGGUCAGGCUUGUGUUGCUCGGGGAUCCACGUCAAGAGUUGUACGAGUUUAACGGUGCCGAUGCUCGCUUCUUGACAUUGGCAUCGCUUAGCGCGUUAUUCGGAAAUGAGGAAGUUUGGGAAUUGAUCAAGCAGAACAGAUCCUACCGUUUAACGAAGCCGAAUGCAGACCUUAUCAACCAGCAGAUGCUGAAGCCGGUGCUGGAGGAGGAGAUUGUGUCGGUCAAGGGCAAAGCUCCGGAUGGUUCGGCUUUUCCGAGGCCUCGAUAUGUAUUCUAUAGACCCCUUCAGCAAGAUCCUAUUGUCGAUUAUCAACCCUUUAAGGAGGUCGAACGCCUGCUCGGCAAAAUGGAUCAUUCAGAUAUUCUCGUUCCUACACCUUCGCUGAGAAGUCGCGAUGUUAUCGAUCUCGCCAAUUGUCUGGCAUUGAAAGGACAUCCUGUGCUGGUAUCUGACCCUGUGGACGGCCAAAGUGUCUCACUCUCAGAGUCCAGAGGGAAAAUAACGAUUUGUACCUAUCACCAAUCCAAGGGAAUCGAGCGCGAGGCUGCUAUUAUGUAUGGGUUUGAUGAAAGCUACCACCUCCAUUAUAACAAGGCCCCCGAGGACACCCUGGUCAUUGGAAACCCGCAGUAUGUUGCUGCAACGAGGGCUGGGGCAGAUUUAGUGAUUCUGCAUCACUGUGAAUACAGGUACCUUCCAUUCAUAGAUCCGGAAACAUUGGGAGAUACUUGUGAGAUUGUGAAUAUGGAAGUCCAUUCCCCUAAUUCAGGGAGAGAGAAGAUUGGUAAGAGGAGGAGCUUUGCCGUUACAACCUUGACUAGGAACGUCCAUGACCAAGAUAUGUCAGCGUGCAUUCAAGAGUUGGAGCUUAAGCAAAUAUCCCCGGCAUACCAAGGGAGUUCCCCACCUUCGGAAAUUGACAUAGGUGGGGGGCUUGUGGAGAGUGUGGCGGCAAUAACGGGAACCGCGGUGCCAGCAAUGUACGAGUACUACACUAGGGGGAGGCGCGCUACCUACUGGCACCUCAGUUCAUUCGCUAGGCUGUUCCAAUGUUUCGAAGCGUUUAACAAUGGGACGCAACGCCCCGGGAGCGGGUUGUUCAAACUAAUCGAAGAUAACCGACCUGAGAUCAAUGACCAUCUCCGAAUGGUUUUGCGGCGGAUGGCUGCCAAGCAGCUGGACGAUGGCGAUAUUUUAUUUCUGGCAAACUUCUCGGGGGCGAUCAAGUCUGGAUUGUUGGUCAAGCUUCUGUCGAUACCACUUGAUCGCUAUCCAUGGGUUGAGCCAAAGCACAGGAGGAGUAUUAUUGGUAUUCUCUUCGAAUACAUUACACCUGGUUGCCGGUUUGAGCAGGGUAUCAGCCAUACUUUCAGUGGAACCCAGCUCAACAGCAAAAUCGGCAUAGACAGGGCAUCUAUAUACGGAGUCCUCGAUAUCUCAGAUCUCAAGAACAAACGCAUAUGGGAAGUGAAAUACACGCAGAAGCUACGAGUUGAACACAUACUACAAGCUGCACUGUAUGCCGGGCUUGUAGAGGCAAAACAUGGAAAGGGCUCUGAUUGCAAGCUCAUCAAUGCGAUGUCCGGAGAAGUCAUUGUGAUUAAGCCAAAGACAGAGAACUCUUACGAGAGCAUUAUCCAACGGCUGAUAAACGCAAAGAUCACCAAAUCUGCCACCCUAUCGGACUUGACGGACGAGGAAUUCGUAAAAGAGGCGGGAAAUAAAUUUGAGAAUUAUAUCGGUCCAGUUGUGUUACCUCCUUGGUUCAAUGACCAGAAGAUACGGAGA